AUGGCCACGGCCCGGACCCGCGCCAAGAACGCGCUAAAGCGCCGGAAGCGCCGGCUUCAGCGGCAGCUCGAGGAGGACCUGCGCAGCGUCCUGCAUGAAGGCCGUGAGGAGAGCGUGAAGGAAGCGCUCGAGGCCGAGUACAUGGCGAGCGAGGAGAACACGCAACGGGUCCAUGCAGCGUGGAUCGCAGCGAACGCAUCGACCGACGCCGCCUUUGCCAAGCGUCAGCGCAUCCUCGCCGAACGCCAGCGCCUCAUGGAAUCCAUCAAGCAGCAAGUCGAGCAAGAGAAGAUGGAGAUAGAAGCUGCAGAAAAAGAGCGCGCCGAGGCCAUGGAGAGCCUCCGACUCGAGCGACAGGAGGCACGUCGCGCCGACGAGAAGCACCGCGCGCAGGUCCUCGAGUCCAUGUCGCCUAAGAAGCAACGCGAGGUGGUCUGCUCCUUCUACGCGCGGACAGGCAUCUGCCGCUUCGGCGCCAACUGUACGCGCUAUCAUACUCCCGUCAUGUCGAGCCGCUUCAUGCUUGUCCAGGGCAUGCAUGCGAUCCAGCUGGCGGCAGAAGAUACGCUUGAAAUCGACGAGAAGCAGCUACGUCGAGCAUACGCCGACUUUUACAACGACGUGCUGACGGAGUUUCUCAAAUUUGGCUUUGUCGUGCAGCUCACGACAUGCUGCAACUUGGCACCACACCUGCGGGGCAACGUAUACGUCGAAUACCAAACCGAAGCCGCCGCUGCCGCCGCCGUCCACGCCCUCUUUGGUCGGUUCUAUGCCGGAAAGCAGCUCUACCCGACGCUUGUGCCAAUGAGUUCGUGGGCCCAAGGCAUCUGUGGGCUCUACCAACAGCGCCGCUGCACGCGCGGGCGGGACUGCAACUACCUACACCCAUUUGCAACCCCGGUGGAAGUGACGCCGUCGUAUCGGUACCGCCGCCGGUCGUCGCCCCGUACGCAGCCCAAGACUAUUUAA